UGGGUAUGCCCAUCUAUGAGCCCACUAUUUGGCCACGCCUCCUACUCCCUGGCUGGACCUCACCACCCCCAACCCCGAGGAAGGAACAGCUAUUUAAGGGCAGUUGGAUUUCAGGGAAAACAAGACAGGCCGUUGGAGAAGAAACUGCAGCAGCAUCUGAGAGGCCCAAUACAGAUCCAGGGGAGCAUUGUGGAUUUCUGGAAAAUGAUCCUGCUGAAGACGGGGAAGAGAGCGGAGAGUAGCUAUGCCUUCUAUGGCUGCCACUGUGGUGUGGGUGGCAGAGGAUCCCCCAAGGAUGCCACAGACCGGUGCUGUGUUGCUCACGACUGUUGCUACUACCGUCUGGAGAAACGUGGAUGUGGCACGAAAUUUCUGAGCUACAAGUUCUCCUACCGAGGGGGCAAAAUCACCUGUGCUGCAAACCAGAACUCCUGUAGGAAACAGCUGUGCCAGUGUGAUAAAGUCGCUGCUGAAUGUUUUGCCCGGAACCGGAAAAGCUACAGUUUAAAGUAUCAAUUCUACCCCAACAAGUUUUGCAGUGGGAAGUCACCCAAGUGCUGAGAGAGCCGCCUUCCAGGAUACCUCAACACAGGCCUCUUCUAACACCUUUCCCAGCUGAAUCAAGUUUCCCAGAGAUUAGGAAAACACCCCUCUCCCAACCUAGAGCAAGGUGGGAGCCCUUCUGUCUUCACCCAGAAUGAGGCCCAGACUGAGUCAGACUGAUCUUUCCCCAACACCUCAUACCAUGAACCAACAAAUUUCCUUCCACCUUCCCCUUUACAUCCAACUAACUUCCUGCCUUGUACUACCUAAGAGAGUCCUGGGGACUCUUGAAAAUAAAGUAAUUCAUCAACAAUCA